UGCGCAAGCGCAGCCGGGGCCGCGGGUUAGGCCGCGAAGCCUCGGAGUCGGCGGCAGCGGAGGAGGUGCUGAGUCCCCCGUGGUGGAAAUGGCUGAGGCCGGGGAUUGCGGCUGCGGAGACGCCGAUGGACAGAGGAGGAGAAACAGCAGCGGCCGUGGGUCCUGGCCCGUGAACCAGGCAGAAGCCGGGUCGCGCAGAACCGACCAAGCUAGUGAGAAGAUUAUGCGUACAGGAGUCACACUUCUGCGGGGAUUUAUCAUUGAUCGGACGAAUCGAGGAGCCGAGGAUUGUGAAAAACCUUUAACCAUCACAGAGCUCGGGGGUAGAGAGGAUGAACUAUGUAACCCCGAUGUAAAGCGUCUUGGCGUUUGCCUGCGACAGAUUGGGGAUGAGCUUGACAGCAACAUGGAGUUACAGAGGAUGAUCGAAAACAUUGGCAGCAAGUGCCCCAAGGAAAUGUUUUUCAGAGUGGCCAAGGAACAGUUUGCUGAUGGAGUCAUCAACUGGGGGAGAGUGGUGACUCUCUUCUACUUUGCCUGCAAGCUUGUUGUGAAGGCCAUGUGCCAGAAGAUUCCAGAACUAAUCCAAACUAUAAUCAGCUGGACUAUGGAAUAUAUCCAGGAGAAUAUUUUGCGGUGGAUUCGGGACCAUGGGGGUUGGGAAGCCCUCCUGGGCACACCAACCUGGCAAACCAUCGCCAUCUUCUCCCUGGGAGUCAUCACCACGCUGGUGGUGGUGCGAUGGAAAUCUUCCUAGAGCAGAGCUCAGAGCCCAGGGGGAGCAGCAGAGGAGAACACAUUGGUGUGAAGAGACCCUGCUGAGAGAGGCUCGAAACAGCCAUGGACCAUCUCCUCAACAAGACCAGGGAAGCAGAUUCCAGCAACUUGAGUUCAGUUCUUCUCACUGAUUAUGCAGAGAUCUCCUCAGCUGAGCUGCUGGGGGAGUGGGUACCCUGUGAUUGAGGGGUUCCAUGUGGUUUCACUAUGUGGAGGAGAUAGGUUUUUUUAGUGCCGAGCAAUGUGUGUCUUUGGUUGUGAGUUCAUCUGAAACUGCACAUGCUUUAUGUGGGUGGAAAGGGGAGAGGGUAGGCAAAGGGGCAGAAUCACUUUUAGCUGCCAGCUCUCCAACAUCCUGUGGUAGUUUGUUUUUUUACAGACGGCCUUUUUAUCUGUAGAGAUGCACUGAAUGUAUUAAAGUCACUUUAUUAUAAGGUAAAAACUGAUAAUGCUUGUGAAGUUGAGUUGGCUUGGAUAUGGAGCAGUAUAUGAAUGCUGACUGUAUCUCUGGGCAUUGAUUAGCAAUAAACUGUCCGUUAUAUGAGGCAUAUUGAGACUCAGCUGCUACUUAGAUGUUCCAGCUUCAUAUAAAGAGGACACAUUCCUAUUGAUUGAGUUCAAACCCUGUGCCUGCUGCUUGCUUCAGGCAGUGUUAGGUUGCGGUGCGGUUGUAUGUUGUACAAUGUGAGGACACCAUCUUAGAAUGCAGGUAAGCAUAAAGGGAUCUUGUGAUGUAUUCUGCAUGGUCAAACAUGCUCAACAACCAGGAGCACUUUGCCAUUUAGUUUUGGAACAGGAUAGUAAGGGUAGUGAUUUGCCUUGUGGUGAUCUGGAAUGUAGUAAGGAUUGGUCAUUCAGGCAGUAGCUGUGAGUGGACCAUAAAUUUAAAAAAUCUUUGCCAAUUGGAGAGGCAACCUGACUGUGACAUUUCUAAAACUGGGAACAAAUGAGAAUGUUAUGCUUUACUGCUGAAGUGUGCAUUAACUUGAAUAGUAAAUAAGCAAAUCAUAUAAUCAUUACAGCAUAGUUGCUCACUUUAGAGCAAUCCAAUCAGUCCUAUCUUUACCCCCGUAGCCCUGCAAGUGCUCAUCCGAUUUCUUUUUGAAAUUGAUCUCCUCCAUCUCCUUCUCCCACCCUCCUAGGCAGUGAGUUCCAGGCCUUUACU